UGUUUUAAACAUUUUAAGCAUUGACUUUGCAUUGAUUGCAUUUCCUUUGACUUGAACUCGCAGCUGUGGCUCUUUUUCCUUUGAUUUCAGAAAGAAAGCUGCCAUGCGGGCACACAUCUCACGAUUCGCCCACUUCAACUCUUCCAAGAAGCUGAAAGGGACACGAAUCGUGAGCAAAAAUCUUCCCGCUUGGGAAGCUUUAAAGCUGUUGGCAGAGACAGGUGACGGGCGCUUAAUCCAAGCCAUUCGCGAUGGUGGACAUGUGCCGGCCCGGGAGUUUACGUCAUUGCUGAGCCUUUGUGCGAAAGCCAAGCACUGGGAGAUGGCUCUUCAGCUGUUGAAACUUCAGUCAGCAGAAGGCCAGUCCAACAUCUACAGUUUCAAUGCCGCCGUAGGUGCCUGCGAGAAAGCCACAAGAUGGCAGCUCUCAUUAACCAUUUUUGCCAGCAUGCCUGAAGCUGCAGUUCAACCGGAUACGGUCAGCUACAAUACAACCAUCAGCUCCUUGCAAAAGGGCACCAAAUGGCAACUUGGACUAAGCAUGUUCUCUUCUAUGUCCAGCGCCAGUAUUCAGGCCAACACCAUCAGCUUUAAUGUAGCUCUUGGCUCUUGCAUGAAGAGUACAGCAUGGCAGCUUUCCUUGUAUCUAUUGGAGACGAUGCCAGAGAAAGACAUCCCUCCGGAUGUUGUCAGCUACAAUACAAUCAUUAGCUGCUGCGAUAGGGGUCAAGAAUGGACAGUGGCCUUGCAGUUGCUGGAGAGCAUGCCCAAGAACAACAUCCAGCCUGAUAUUUUUACCUACAAUGCAUCCAUUAGCGCUUGUGCAAAGGUGGGGCAAUGGCGCUUGGUUUCAGCCAUUUGGGAGUCGAUGUUUGUCCACAGUGUGAGCCCUGACGUGAUCAGCUUUACUUCAUCGAUCACCGCCUGUGAGAGGGCUGCGCAAUGGCAGCGAGCAUUGGUGAUCCUGACGGACAUGCCGAAGAAGCAGAUUUUGCCCAAUGUCAUCAGCUUCAAUGCUGCGAUCACCGCAUGUGAGCGUGGCAAUCAGAGUCCGAUUGCUUUGAAGCUCUUUGAGAAGAUGCCCGAGAUGAAGAUCACUCCCGAUGUCAUCAGCUACAAUGCGACCAUCAGCUCAUGUGGCAAAGGCUUGCAGUGGCAACAGGCCUUGAUGCUCUUUCUGGAGAUGGGAGCAAAGUCUUUACGUGCUGAUCAGUUUGGAUACAAUGCAGUCUUCGCCUCAGUCACAGCACCCGAGCUUCGGGAGAGCUUCAAAGCCGCGCAACGGGACGCGCAGGAAAAGGAACGGGGGAACAUUUCGGUUGUGUUGUGCCAAUUGUGUCGUGGUGUGGUUGAAGUUGAAGAAACAUGGAGCUACUAGGAGCAAGUGCAUCGCUUCUAGUAACAAGUGCCUUACUAGUAGUAACAAGAAGCUACUAGGAACAAUUGAUCAUCCUCGAAGUUCUGCAUGAACAGAUUGUGUUUCGUGCUGCUUGAGAUGCAUAGCUAACUAUGGUCAAAGCAAUUGAGGAGGGCCAUAUCCGCAGGACAAACACAUGAACAAACAAUGCCAAUGUGAGAGCUUCCAAAAAGGUAAGGAUGAGAAUGUAUCAGUAUGAAUGUCUUCUGGACAUUGAAGUGAGGGAAAUUAGAGAAGAGCACAACUGAGGCCCUAGCUUUACGCAAGAACCUCGACAAAUCGGAUUUCGAUCUGCGAAGGGCCCAUUGUGGCCCCGUACUCUGUUCCUUUCAGACCUUUUGCGGGGGGAAGCCUGGCACUUGGUUACAGAAAUCUUUCUUUUCGGUCGAAGUGGACUUCGUCAUGCCACGGGCCUGACAAUCUGGUGAUUUGAGCCAUCAAACCCAAACCGCUUAACAUGUCGCAGAGAUUUUGGGAGUGAUCCUCCAGGGCCACGACCUCUUGAUUGCAAGGAGCAUGGCCUUUCC